CAUCUCGCUCGCUUCUCACUCGCUGCUCGGGCGCAGGUGGGGAGCGAAGCAGCGAAAAAAACAACGCAGAAGAGGAAAAAGGAAGAAGCGGCGGCGAGAAACGGGCGAGGAGGAGGAGGAGGAGGCGGCGGCGGAGGAGGACGGUGAAGGUGGAGGGACGGGAAUCAGGGCACCCCCGAGAGCAGCCAUCGUGGCCCCCCAUGGACUCCUAGGUGCUCGCCCCGAAGUUGUCCGGCAUGGCCAAAAGCAGCUCCCUGCACUGCCGGGUGCUGGAGGGGAAGGACCUGCCCGCCAAGGACGUCUCCGGCUCCAGCGAUCCCUACUGCUUGGUCAAGGUGGACAACGAAGUGGUGGCCAGGACGGCCACGGUGUGGAGGAGCCUGAACCCCUUCUGGGGGGAGGAGUACAACCUGCGCCUGCCCCGCGGCUUCCACAGCUUCGCCGUCUACGUGCUGGAUGAAGACACCAUCGGCAGGCAGGACGAUGUCAUCGGCAAGGUCUCGCUCAGCCGCCAGCAGAUCCUGGCUGAGCCGCGGGGUGUGGACAGCUGGCUCAGCCUGGUCCCUGUGGAGCCAGACAAGGAGGUGCAGGGUGAGAUCCACCUGGAGCUGCAGGUACCUAAGCAGGGCCACCCACGGGUGCUGCACUGCCACCUCAUCGAGGCCAGGGACCUGGCCCCCCGGGACCUCUCUGGCACCUCAGACCCCUUUGCCCGGGUGUCAUGCUGCGGGCACACGCUGGAGACAGCCGUGAUGAAGAAGACUCGCUUCCCACGCUGGCACCAGCUGCUGGAGUUCGAGCUGGCAGAGAGUGAGCUGGGGGAGGCUGUGCUGACCGUGGAGGUGUGGGACUGGGACAUCGUGGGCAAGAAUGACUUCUUGGGACAGGUGGAGUUCUCCCUGGAUGCCAUCUGCAGCAACCCCACCAAGGGCUGGUUCCAGCUCCUGCCCUUCCCCAGCGCUGCUGAGGACCAAGGGGCGCAGCUGGGUGCCCUGCGGCUGGCAGUGCGGCUGGUGGAGGACAGGGUGCUGCCCGCCCUCUACUACCAGCCCCUCAUCCAGCUCCUCACCGAGCCCAUCCUGUGCCCAGGCCAGCCCCCCACUGGCACUGCUCUGGCCAUCCUGGAGGAGGUGACCUCGGGGGAGAGCCGGCAGGACGUGGCCACCAAGCUGGUGAAGAUCUUCCUGGGACAGGGGCUGGCUGUGCCCCUCCUGGACUAUCUCACUACCCACGAGCUGGCCAGGACCACGGACCCCAACAUCCUCUUCCGCUCCAACUCGUUGGCAUCCAAGUCCAUGGAGCAGUUCAUGAAGGCGGUGGGGCUGCCCUACCUGCAGCAGGUGCUGCAGCCUGCGCUGAGCCGCGUCUUUGAGGAGAAGAGGUACGUGGAGCUGGACCCCAGCAAGAUGGAGCUGAGCCGCGGCAGGAGGAUCUCCUUCAAGGGCACCCUGUCAGAGGCGCAGGUGCAGGAGAGCAGCCUGGAGCUGCUGAAGGGCUACCUGGGGGACAUCAUGGAUGCCAUCGUGGGCUCGGUGGAGCAGUGUCCCCUCCUCAUGCGGAUGGCCUUCAAGCAGCUCCGCCAGAGGGUGCAGGAGAGAUUCCCCUCGGCUGAGCACCAGGAGGUGCAGUACUUCUCCAUCAGCGGCUUCCUCUUCCUCCGCUUCUUCGCCCCUGCUGUCCUCACCCCGAAGCUCUUUGGGCUGCGGGAGCAGCACGCAGAGCCCCGCACCGCCCGCACGCUGCUGCUGCUCGCCAAGGCGCUGCAGAGCAUUGGCAACCUGGGGCUGCAGCUGGGCCAGGGCAAGGAACCGUGGAUGGCACCACUGCACACUGUCCUGCUGCCCAGUGUCACCCGUGUCAAAGCCUUCCUGGACAGCCUGGUCACCGUGGAGAGCACCGAGGCCACAGCAGGCGAAGGGCUGGUGCCACCAGCACUUUGCCAGCCUAUGGGCACCAUCAAGGAGGGGUACCUGCACACCCUCACGGCGGGGGGUGCCAGCCUGCUGCCCCGCUUCGCCUUCAAGAAGAGGUACUUCUGGCUCAGCACCGAGGCCCUCACCUACUCCAAGUCCCCUCAGUGGCAGGUGUACUGCUCCAUCCCCGUGGCACAGAUGCGGGCGGUGGAGCGGGUGGACGAGGGCACCUUCCAGCACCCCCACGUCAUGCAGAUCGUGGCACAGGGUGAGGCCGGGCAGCUGCACACCACCUACAUCCAGUGCAAGAGCGCCCAGGAGCUGUGGCAGUGGCUCUGGGCACUGCGACAGGCCUGCAGUGCCAACGAGGCCAUGCUGCCCACUUGUCACCCGGGCACCUUCCGUGCCGGCCGCUGGACCUGCUGCCUGCAACCAGCCUGCACCGCGCCCGGGUGCAGCCGGACCCACAGCGCCGUGGCACUGGGCGAGUGGAACGAGCCGCUGGACCCCGCGGCGGCGGCGCAGAGCCUCUACGGGCACCUCCGGAGAGCGGGGAUCCGCUCCUGGGCGCAGGGUGCCGAGGGCAGCGCAGCCGCUGAGCCCCCCUGCCCGGGGCGCGCAGAGGACCCCUUCAAGGGGCGGCUGCAGGCUGUGCUGCGGGACCUGGACGUCGCUCAUGACACCUUUGCCCGUCGGGAUGGACCCCCUGGGCCAGCUGUGAGCUCCCCAACAUCCCCGAGCCCUCCUCUGCCAGCCCAGCAGCCCCACAAGGAAUGACCAGCACCCGCCCUCGGCAGCACCCCACGGCGGGCACCCCUCCUGCAGCGAUGCCAGCCGGCAUUCCGGGAGGUGCAGGGACGGCAGUGGGGACAGAGCGGGGACACGCUGGGGCCAGUGGCCCAGCAGAGGGUGUAUUCUGUAACACAGAGAUGUACACAUGGCA